CCGCACUCGCGCGUUAGUCGUGCUCGCAUCGUGUUGUCGGUCGUGGGUGCUGCAGGCGUAGCGGCUCACAGCGGUCUUACGAGCACGAUACGUACCCAACGAACACAUUUUGCCGCACGCGGACGAAAACACACUUUUCGGCGAGUUCAGUGAAUAUUGUAAUCGUUGUUCAGCACUGUCUGAACUCUCUCGCUAAUUCGUUUGUGUUUUAAAUCAAUUAAUUAUAAAUAAAUAAUUUACCCAAAGACAUUAAUUACAUGUUACUAGCACGAGACUCAAUAUUUGAGAAAUAGUUGUGAAUUGUUCUUGUAAUUACGAACUACAAUGGAAACACAGGAUUUGUCAGUGCAGUGGAAAUCUACGAUGUGUGAACUUGCAUGUAGGCUGAGUAUUCCUGCUCAUUAACUUGGAAUUAACGCAAGGAACGCAGAACAGAAACUCUUCUCCGCUACUGCUGGCGAACUGAUUCAAGCGCCGACAACGUAAACACAAGCCAAAAAGCAAAAUUAGUGAAGUUAUUAAAAGUUAUUAAGUUAUCAAGAGUUCAGUAAGAAAUUAAAUCAUGGAUACCACGUCAGUCAUCGAAGGUACCGUCAAGUUUCGCGAUGGAAAGAAGUGGAAGACGAGAUGGUGUGUCAUCACGAAAUUAUCGCCGGUUGCAGACUGCCUGUAUCUGCAGCUCUAUCGAGAUUCCAAAGAUCGCUACAAGCAGGGCCACACCAAAGCAUCCCUCUCGUUGCAACAUUUUCUUGGUUUGGAGACAGGAUUUACGCUUGACAAGGAAUCCAAUACGGUUGCAAUCCUUUGUCAAGACGUGGUUGUUGUGCUCGCGUUUGACAACAGGGAGCGUCUGAUGCAAUGGCAAGUCAAGUUGAGCACACACCUUGGCGAUGGGCCACAAUUCCUCGUUUUGUUGAGCUCCGCUCCGACCAAGGCACGCAUCCAGGCCGGUCCUGCCAAGCUUCACGUGCAAGAGAAAGGUUUCUGUCUCAGUGUGGGUGUCCCACCGAGGUUGGUCGGCCACUGGUUAAUGUCCAACCUACGUCGCUACGGCGUGGUAGAGGGCCGAUUUUGUUUCGAAGGUGGUUCGAGGUGUGGUAAGGGCGAAGGGCUUCAUGUACUGGUCACUGACCAAGGUGAGGAAAUAAGCAGCACAUUGAAACUGGCAGCCACAGGGCAAUUGCUUGCAUCGAGACGACGUCCAGUAUCCAGAAAUAUGUCUGUAAUGGAUAGCCCGCGUCGCCCUCUGUUACGCUCGGAAAUGAGAAAUCCCGAUAUAACGGAUGCAUCAUUGCUGUCACGAGUGGAUUCGCCAUUCACUGAUCUGGACAGCAAUUAUGGCUGUGGGGACGUGGGCUCCACGGACGGCUGGAAUGGGCCACCCAUCGAACGCUGCAUGAGCUGCAUCAGUAAACUGGGCGCCAUGUCACGCUCUUCCACCGCCACCAUUACUCCUGGAGUACCUACGUGCUGGGAACACACCUGCGAUCGGCACUCCAUCAGCAGCGGCUCGGACAGCUCUGGCUGGAGUCAGACCGUAACACGUCCGCCUGCGCGGCCGCCCAAGCCCACAAACGGCGCCACCUCACCGCUCAAAGCCGCUCCGCCUCUCCCACCGACUACCUAUGACAACUACGACAUACCCAACUUUCCAUAUCCAGUUCAGGAAAACAAGACUGACGAACACUACGACACGCCACGCAAGAUCAAGGAAUGUCUUGCAGACGCCGUCCGUAAGCCAUGUGGAUGCGUGUACAAGGUGCAAGCGCCAGCUCCAGAGAUUGAUCGCGAGCGGGAACGCUCUUCAUGCUAUUGCCAGCGCUUCCUGUCCUGCUGGGGACAACAGGACGACAUCAACGCGCUAUACGCGCAGGUUGACCUCAGCAAGAAGUGUAACCGUAACGCUAACUAUGCCAAUCUAGCACCAAUGGCAAGCUCAACGCCCAACUCAAAUGCUCCUGCAUCGAAUGGCCAAUCUUCGGCGCAUAACUAUGCGAACAUGGAGUUUGCCCAAUCGCUUCAGCACUACGAAAAUGCCAAGCAGGUACUGGCGAAAGCGCGAAUGUGCACACGUUGCGGGCAUGCCCAGGAUGACUACCUGCUGAUGCACCCUGGCCACCAGCAACAGCAGCAGCAGCAAGCACAUCCGGGCUACCUGCCCAUGCUACCACCAGUCAAGCAGCGCCUCGGCAAGAUGCUCUCAAACAGCAAUCCCAAUCUCACCAAACCGGGCGGUGCUGCAUUAAUGCAAAGUCAGUCCAACAUUUACCAACGCAAGCAAGUGCUUGACAGCACUGAUAACUUGCUUGAACGUCGGAAGCGCUCCAACUCGGCCGAUUCUUCCAGUCGCACCGAGGAAGGUGACGCCGGUGGCGAGCCAUCAACCACCCCCAAUUGCAUUUGCAGCCCAACUGUACGCCGCGCUUCUCUUGUCCCAACCAAAGCCAAUCGCGACUCGUCUUCGUCCAACGACUCCGGCGUCUUUGAGCUGCCGCGCAAAAUGUCUGCGCCACCGUCGACUCUACCGCGACGCUCCAAGUCCUCCGAUCCUCUUAAGGACAUCAGCUUCAAUUUCCAGAAGGGUGAGGCUAAGAGCGCUAGCGCCGAGGCGGAAGUGCCGCUCUGCCCAACCGGUUCCACAAGCAGUGGCACGUCCGAUAUGUCUGAUUACUUCGAGACGCUCUCGCUCUCCUCGCAUAGCUCCUCCGACGCGCCGCCCCCAUCUUGCACGCUGCGUCCACGCUCCGGCAAUGAGUAUCUCAGCCUCCAACGGUUGAUCACGCCAGUGCAGGAGGAGCGCAACUAGUCUCGUCGCCGUCGCUCCACGCUCGGCGCUUACUUAAACUAAUCAAUACGUGGAAGGAAUUAGUAUACAUAUUAAACUUAUAUUACGAGUGAAUAGCACACGUAAGUACUAUUAAUUAAUAAUUGUAAGUUAUUCAUUAUGUGUACAUGUAUAAAGCAUUAUUAAAUUAUUAACAUACUGAAACUGAAUAAAAUUAAAUAAACGAACAUUCAACGUG